AUGGCAUCACUUUACAACAUUAGCACACCAGUGAAGACGCAUAUCAAUAGAUUUCGUCUGGAAACUGGAAGAUCCGACUCGGUCAAAGCUCUAAUUCUCAAGAUUGAACCAAAACCUUCUUAUGAAAUAACUGUUGACGAGGACGAGGAUUACGAGGAUAUCGAUUCUUUAGAGUCUCUUGGCGGUGCACUCCCAGAUACCACUCCUCGCUAUGUAUUAUUGUGCUAUCCUAUGACAACCUCUGAUGGACGAAAGCAAACCCCACUUGUUCUUUUAUAUUGGAAGCCUGCAACUGUGGUCUCACAAGAAUGGAAGAUGCUAUACGCGGGAGCCCUAGAACUGAUAAGGAACACUUGUGGAGUGAGCAAGGUAAUUGAGAUUUCGACUGGUUUGGAAGACGACGACGAAAUCGAUGAGCUUAGAGAACAGAUAGAAUCGUGA